GUGUCGGGUGGUGAAGCGCUGGUCAGACACAUCACUAGCUGCGCUUCAGGAUGAGCUACACGCAGUUGACUGGAACAUGUUCUGGGAGAGCUCUGCUGAUGUCAGUGAGUUCGCGGAAACAACGAGUUUCAUAAGUAGCCCAUGCUGGCUGAGGAAGCAACACAUUGUCAAAUAAAGACCUUUUCUAACCAGAAACCUUGGGUAGAUAAAUCGACCCGGACUGCGGUGAAUACACGCACGGCUGCAUAUAACGCGGGGUUCAAGUCAGGGGAUAUGGGUGACUAUGAAGUGGCGUGCUAUGCUCUCCGUCGAGAAGUGGCUGCCAAACUGCGAUACAGAGAUCGAGUCUCACAUCCAACUGAAUGACCCCCGACGCUUAUGGCAGGGAUUAAAGACCAUCAGCGACUUCGACAGCAAAUCCAUCACUUCUGCAGGUGGGGGUUCCACCUGCUGGAUGAACGCGGUCAGCAUUGGGGAGUACCAUGGCCUACGGGUGGGCUCUGCCCUGCUCAGCAUUGUGGCAGGGUGCAUCAUUAUUGGCGUCUCUAAAGAUUGUGAUGCUGAUGCUGUAGGAGGCAUCUUCCUGGGUGCAGGUGGCCUGGGGCUCCUUAUUUCAGUUUACCCUUUCAUAAGAGCUUGGUUUAACUUUCACCACAUCCUCCCCACUGUGGGCAACUUCAGAGUACACCCAAUGCCUUCAAAUCCAGUCCUUGAACAAGCAGUGGAAACCAUCAGACGAGAAGGUACACAAAGCCAGUUAAAUCUGGAACGCUCCAAGAGCAGGAUAGGAACCUGUGUAGAUUCUGGGACAGUUCCUGAUGCAUUACCUGAAGAUGGGCCAUCUUCAGAUGUCCCGGAUAUCUUGGCUAGAAGGAAGAUUAAACCAACCCUCUCAGACCCAGAUAUCCCCUAAGUCCAGUGACACAGUGUUUUUCUUUUCAUUUGGUGUACACCACAUUGUAACUCACCAUAACUUUAGAAACCUUGUCAUUUAUUAUUUAUGUCUGCCUUGUUAACAAACAAGUAUUAAUAUGAAGUAGUUCAAAUAAGCUAAAUAUCAUUGCUAAUCUCUGCAUCGCUAAUAUCUGUCAAUGUAAAAUGUAAUGUUAGAAAAUAGUAAUUAAAAGCUGUUUUAAAAAUC